GGACCACAAUGGAGUUUUAAUAGCGGGAUGGCCAAGAAAGUUGAGCCCAGGAAAGUUUCUAUGGGUGUGUAUGCCAUUGCUAUGAAGGAGGCCAUGUGUUUUGCUUGUGCUCAAGGUUUGUCGCAGGUUAGUCUAGAAGGAGAGAUUCAAUUCAGUUUUUUAGAUCUGUUAAUGCACUGGAAACCAAGUGAAAAUGGGACCUGUGAAUGGAAAUCUGGACAGUGUGAUGACUGA